CGAGGGACGACUACAUGUGUUUUCGCAACUGCAGGUGCGCGAUUGGAUGCGCACACGCCAUUUACCUUCCAUGAUAUUUCGGCCACUCAAGGUCGGACGAGAUAGAACGGAUGCACACGACUUUGCCCUCGCCGAGUGGUUCGCGUUCCCGGAAUAGCCUCGGGAGCCGCCACGAACCGUCGCUAGGACGAGUGCACCAUCAGCAGAUGACCCCCUGUAGUGAAGUCAGGCGUCUCAACCAACGCGGCUGUUCCGCAGUACACCCUGUUGCCUCCUGUUGCUUCCCAAGUUCUGGCAGAUGAUGGCUUCCCAAUAGUUGCAGCAGCGAUGUUGGGGUGGGGGAUAAAUGCCUGUGAUCUGCAGUAAGCCCUGUAGCGCACGCGUGCCCGAGCCCUCUGCUUCGAGUAGCACAGCCUACCAGCGGCCAGUACUGUCAGGACAAUGUUCUCCGUCAAGUUCCUCGGACUGCAAGUCCUCCUGUCAGCGGCCGUUGCGCUCGCUGCUCCGGCGUCUGUUCCUUCUUCGUUGAAGGAGCGUGCUGUUAAGACUCUCAGCCCGUCAAAGCUCAAUGCCUUCAUACCAUAUACCCAAUUCGCGAGCGCCGCGUACUGCUCGUCGAGCAGUGUCAAAACUUGGGAUUGCGGCCCGGCAUGUGACGCUCUUCCCGGAUUCGAGGUGUCCCUUACGGGCGGCGACGGGGAUGACGUGCAGCUGUAUUACGUUGGCUACUGGCCUUCAGAGGAUGCGGUAGUGCUCGGUCACCAAGGCACCGAUCCUACGAAGUUGUUGUCCGUGGCUACGGAUAUCAAUGUCAUCCAGGGAUCAUUGGAUAGCAGUCUGUUCCCGGAUCUGCCAAGCGGCAUCUUGGUGCACAGCGGCUUCCGUGACGCCCAGGCAUCCACAGCUUCCACCGUGCUCGCGCAGGUAAAGUCUCUUUUGUCGAAGAACAGCGCAAGCAAGGUCAUCGUCGUCGGACAUUCGUUGGGCGGCGCCAUCGCAGAGUUGGACAGCCUCAUGCUCAGGUUGAACUUGCCGAGCAGCGUCAGCGUCAAGGCGGUGACCUUCGGCACCCCGAGGGUGGGAAAUCCCGCCUUUGCGAGCUUCUUCGACAAAACAGUAGACGAUUUUACGCGCAUCGAUCAUGCUCAGGACCCGGUUCCCAUCGUGCCUGGAAGAGGGCUGGGCUACUCGCACCCGAGCGGCGAGAUCCAUAUCUUGAGCUCCGGUACCGCCGUCUCGUGCCCGGGCGAGGACGACGCGACCGACUCACAAUGCACCAUCGAGUCCGUACCCAACAUCCUCGUGGGUAACAUCGUGGACCAUCUCGGACCCUACAUUGACGAUAUUUGGAUGGGCACGGCGCUCGGGCAAUGUUUGUAGAGAUAGCAUACAGGCCCUUACUCAUCGUGUAUGAAUAUUUAUGACCUGCAUGUUUGUUCCGCACUUGACCUAUUAUAUCUCUAUCGUGGAAGUCCGGACAGAGGUUGUUAGAUGGCGAUUGAAUGAGAAUGGAAAAGUGAGGUGAUGAUUAUACGCAAAUAACAGACGGCGACAGCGUGCGCUGCAAAGUAACCCGGGAAUCACAGACGUGAGGAGUGACACCGUCUAUUGCUUUCGCCUUGACCGGAUACGUUUGCCAAGUUGCACCGCUGGGCCCCAUCCUCUAAUCUUUUUCUUGGGCUUGGGAGGGUACGCGAAGUCUUUCGGGUCAUAUCCCUGUCGAAACUUCUCCAUGGCCCACAGAAUGUACUUGCGAUCCUUGGUAUCGACGUUGGCUGCGCGAAGCUCCGAUCCUCCCAUUCGCCAGAACUGCCUCCAGUCUCCAACAUCCAGCUUCUCCUCUGCACCGCGUCCAAUGCACUUCAGAAAGGCCGCCGGGGAGGUGAUGUUGCCUCGUACUGCCGGCACGGGUCGGAGAGAGGCCUGGCUUUUGUACGUCCUAACUAAUGUUGCGAGUGCACGGUCCAACCGCCGCCAGUGGUUCAACAGCGACAUCUAGGGGAAGGAACCGAGUCCCGCGGUUGACCGACAGCCAAGGACCUUUUCGUGGUCACGGUAGCG